UCUCUCUCUCUCUCUCUGUCGUUCUGUCGUUCCCAAGCUGCAAUUUUUAAGCUUCUUGAGAGCUCUCUCUCUCCUUUGCCUUUUUUCCCUCUGCUUCUUCUUCUCCUUCUUCUUCUCAUCAUUCUCUCGCCCCUUCUCUGUUCCCUCCAUUUCCCUCCAUUUCCCUCCAUCAUUCCCUCUUUCCCCCCGACCCAUUUCCACGCCUCCACUGAACACUCCCUCGCCGACAUCACGCGGGGGUUCUCGAAGCCCCCUGUUCCUGCUCUUUCAGCUCCCUCUCCACUGCCCUGCUUCUGACACAAAGUUCGUGACUUUCGGCGUAGUUUUGGUCUGGUCUAGCUUCCGUCGUUCCACAAAAUACAUACUUUUGGAGCAGCGCCAAUAUUUUCGGAGGCACCCUUCACGAGUCUCUCUCCCCCGGAGAUCUUCGCUGCGCUUGAAUUUGGUCGACAUUGAGUCGGGCGCCGGUAAAAGGCGCUGUUUUUUGCCGGACCCGGAUCGAGUUUCUUGUUUCAGUCGGCCUCUUUUGAGUAGAGAAUUGUGGAGGGGUUGGUUGUUUUGGGGCUGCUUCAGAUCUUGGGAGCAUUUCUGUGAAAUAUCCUGAGCAGCGAUGGUUGCAGAGCCUUGGAUACUCAAGAUGGGCAAUCAGGUGAGUUCGAAUCUCAAGCACGCUCUUCUCUUAGAAAGUUCCAAGAAAAGGAGCAACCUUAAGAGGCCCGAGGUUAAGCAGGUUAUUGGGAUUCUCUCUUUUGAAGUAGCUAAUGUAAUGUCCAAAACUGUUCACCUGCACAAGUCCUUGUGUGAUGGGGAAAUAUUGAAGCUCCAAAGUGAGAUCUUGAAGUCCAAGGGGGUGAGGAAGUUGAUUUCGUCGGAUGAGUCUCGGAUUCUAGAGCUCGUCCUGGCCGAGAAGCUCGAUGACCUGAGCCGGGUGGCUAGUGUUGUUUCUCGGCUCGGUAAGAAGUGCAGUGAGCCCGCAUUGCAGGGUUUUGAGCAUGUCUAUGGGGAUAUAAUGAAUGGAGUGAUUGAGGUCAAGGAUUUGGGGUUCUUGGUGAAGGACAUGGAUGGGAUGGUGAGGAAGAUGGAGAGGUACGUGGGCACGACAACAAAUUUGUUCAAUGAAAUGGAGGUCUUGAACGAGUUGGAGCAGGCGACGAAGAAGUUCCAGAAUAACCAGCAUGAGGAGAGCCGACGUGCUUUCGAGCAGAAGCUGAUUUGGCAGAAGCAAGACGUGAGGCAUCUUAAGGAUGUUUCUCUUUGGAACCAGACGUAUGAUAAGGUUGUAGAGCUUUUGGCAAGGACAGUGUGCACGGUAUAUGCGAGGCUUUGCGCUGUGUUUGGCGAGUCCGCUUUGAGGGGGGAUGUUUCAGGGUUUGCUAGAGGAAAUUCUCCUCCAGUGAUGAAUAACCGUUCUUAUGGUUCUGGUCAGAUUGGUGAUGUGCACCAGAAUGUCCAUGCGGUUUCUGGGCAACUGAAACGAAUUCACAGCAAAAGUAGCAAUAGCUUUUAUUCAGGGCCAAUUGAGAAACGCAUGAUUGAGAGAGGACGAAUUGGUUUGAAGCCUCAGUUUGAUACACGGAGAGGUGAAGUGGAGUUAUUCCGCGCUGAAGACUUUAAUUUUCCAUGUGUGACUAGCCCUGGGAGAAUUUUCAUGGAUUGUCUUAGCCUGAGCAGCUCGGUUUCGAGAAUAGAUGAUGAUGAUAUGUUGGAUCAUGACGACCGAAGCGGCCAGAUUUCUGGUUGCGGCAGUAUUUUCAAUGGAAGCAUAAAGAAAGAACAAUCGACGUAUUCUGACUGUGCUAGUCAAUCCCAUUUCUCGGUGUCUUCCAUCAGCAGUCAAAGGCGAUCCAAAUCGGCUGUCAUAGGUGAUCCUCAGUUCGGUCCCAAGAGUAGAUUAGCAGUCUUUGCCUCUCCAUCCACUGUGGGAGGUUCUGCUUUAGCCUUGCAUUAUGCAAAUCUCAUAAUUGUUAUAGAGAAGCUGCUGCGAUAUCCUCACUUGGUUGGCGAAGAAGCUAGAGAUGAUUUAUAUCAGAUGUUACCAACAAGCUUAAGGAUGUCCGUGAAGACUAAUCUGAAAUCAUAUGUGAAGAACUUGGCUAUAUAUGAUGCUCCGCUUGCCCACAAUUGGAAAGAGAGACUUGAUGAGAUACUAAGGUGGCUUGCCCCACUGGCGCAUAACAUGAUCAGGUGGCAAAGUGAGCGUAACUUUGAGCAGCAUCAAAUUGUUACCCGAACAAAUGUUCUUUUGCUCCAGACACUCUAUUUUGCAGACAGGGAAAAGGCUGAGGCAGUAAUAUGCGAGCUACUUGUUGGGUUGAAUUAUAUAUGUCGAUAUGAGCAUCAACAGAAUGCAUUGCUGGACUGUGCCAGUAGUUUUGAUUUCGAAGACUGUUUGGAAUGGCAGAUGCAUUCUUACCUCAGUUGAGUACAUUGCUAAUGACUAGAUAUUUGCACGAAGAAAAAUGAUACACGUAGAGGUGGGUACACAAUCUCUUUACACUGAAGAUUUCUUUUGUUGAAGAUUGUAGCUUUUUGUACUUUAUCGAAAGGUAUGGAAAGUUUUGACUGCUCAAUUCACAAAUUCAAUUCCUAAUCUCUGUGCUGGAGAUGUAUAUAUUGGUCUAUGUAUAGCAGUGGCACAAACAAUUUGUCAUUAGUUAUGUACUCGUUAAUGAAAAUUUCCCUUCAGUUUCCUGUCA